AUGAAGAACGGUCCGCCGCGCAGCAACCUUCCGUCCACACUGGAGGCCUACAUCGCACAGCUCAAGAACCACGUGAGCAGCUCGGCUACCACCACCACCAUCAUCACCGAUGACAGCACCACCAACAACAAUACCACAAUCAUCACACGCGAGACCUUCAUCACCAAGAGCGGCUCUGCCAACAACAUCACCAACAACAACUACAACGUCAACAUCAACAAGACUGUGAGCACCAUCAACCAGGCCAACCGUCCCCUCAUCACCAACGUCCCCAAAACCACAUCCAAGUGGGGUGGAGGAACAUAUUCCUGCACCCGCUGCUGCAAGGCAGUGUUCAUGGCAGAGCGGGUGAUGGCCGCGGGGGGUGCGUGGCACAAAGCUUGCUUCACUUGUCAGGAGUGCAACAAGAGACUUGACUCCCACAGCAUCAGGGAGCACGAGCGCAACAUUUACUGCAACCCGUGCUACGGCAAGAACUUCGGGCCCAAGGGCUACAUGAGCUGGGGCCAUACUUUC